AUGUGUGAAAUUGUCCACCACCACACUUUCGUUUUACCCCUGUUCUUUUUAAUUUUUGGUGCUCUGAUUGCUAUUUCUUCAUAUUCUUGAUUUGGAAUAUGGAUUGGUUUGGAAAUUAAUUUUAUUUCAAUUAUUUCCUUAUUGAAAUUCCCGCAAAGAUUAUACCCCCCUGAUCCUAUAGUUAUUUUAAAGNCCUCAUUGAAAUCCCCGCAAAGAUUAUACCCCCCUGAAUUAGCAAUAAAAUAUUUUAUCACACAAAGAUUGGCAUCUGUAGUUGUUUUGUUUUCAAUUUUGAUAUUAAAUAAUUCAAAUGAAUUUAUUUUCAGAAAUUUCAAUUUUUUCAUGAAUUUAAUAUUGAAUUCAGCACUUCUAUUGAAAAUUGGAAUAGCAAAAAUAGCAUUUACUCUAUUAACUUGGCAAAAAUUAAGUCCUAUAGUUAUUUUAACGUAUAAUCUUAAUUCAAUUCAUUUUUUUGUUUUUAUUUCUGCUAUAGUAAGAGGAAUUUUAGGAUUAAAUCAAAUUAGAUUACGAAAAAUUUCAGCUUAUUCCUCUAUUAAUCAUAUAGCUCGAAUAUUAGCAAGAAUUUUAUUUAUUAAAAAAAUUUGAUUUUGGUAUUUCUGUACUUACUCUUUAAUUUUAAUACACAUUAUUUUUAUAUAUUUGAAAUUUUGCUAAUUUUUUAACUUUCAUUCUAAUUACUUUUACAUUAAUUCCUAUGUUCUUAUAUAUUCGCAUAACUU